AAAAAAAAAAAAAAAAAAAAAAAAUCCAACAGACCAAAAUAACAUCACUCUUGUGGCCUUUUUAUCCAUCUAACAUCUUUUUUUUCAUUAAAAAUGUCUGACGGUAUCGUUCGCGUACGAGCCUGUACUAAUAUUGAGCAAUUAACUCAACUCACUAGUUCCGCUUCAAACUAUUCAAAUGAUAACUUUAGAAUGGCCUUCUUUUAUAAUCCACCAGAAGAUUAUCAAAUUUAUCAUAUUACUUGUGAAUCAAGAGAAAAUGUUGAUCCACUCUCCAACCAUACAUUUUACUAUAACUUAGAUGAUAAAAUUUUUUACCAAAUUACUUGUAGGCUAAUUUCACAUUCACUUAUUGUUCAAUUUUUAAACAAGAAAAUUCAUGGCAUUGAACUCAGACAAAAUGAAGAGCCACAACAAGAGUUUUUAAACUUUUCCAAUUUUCAACGAGACAAUUUGGAAUUUCAUUUAAAGGAAUUUUUAUUUAACAAAUUAGCGUCAAAACAAAUUAAUAAAGAACCUGAUGUCAAUGUUUUAACGUGUUCUGAAGUCGAUAAGAAGAUUAUUGUUCAACCUAAACUAUAAAAUUGUAUUUAUACAUAUAUUAAUUAUUCAAAUUUAGUACUUCAUUAUUUUUUUUACCUUUUAUUUUAUCGUUAUCAAUUUUUUAAUAAAAUAUUUGAGGACGGUUAAGAUAUGUUGCUUUGUU